GAUAGCUCCAGCGCAACGUCGUUUUCUCCAUCCACGGCCCCUGCACGGCCAUAUCUUGAACGCGCGCCCCUACAUACGUGGAUGCUUCGCUGCCUCGGACCGCGCCUCCUCCGCCGCAAUGUUGCAACAAUGUCCGCCCGCAAACCCGCGAAACCGCUGCUGGUCGUCCUGGGGUCGACCGGCACCGGCAAGUCUGAUCUAGCCGUGGAGUUGGCCAUGCGCUUCAAUGGCGAGGUCAUCAACGCCGACGCUAUGCAGCUCUACCGCGGCCUGCCCAUCAUCACCAACAAGAUUACGCCUCAGGAGCAGCACGGCGUCCCGCACCACCUCCUCGGGCACAUUGGUCUUGACGAGGCGCCAUGGGACGUCGAGGAUUUUAGGCGCGAGGCUACGCGCGUCAUGGGCGAGAUUCGUGGUCGCGGUAACUUGCCCAUCCUCGUCGGUGGCACGCAGUACUACGUCGACCCCCUGCUCUUCACCGACAUCAUCCUCGAUCAGGUGCAGCAGGCUGGCCCGGACACGUCGUUCCCCAUACUCGAGGAGCCAACUGAGGUGCUGCUCGAGGAGCUGCGCAAGUGCGACCCCGUCAUGGCGGAGCGGUGGCACCCCAAUGACCGCCGCAAAAUCCAGCGCUCGCUCGAGAUCUUCCUGCACACGGGCAAGCCAGCGUCACAACUCUACGACGAGCAGCGUGAGCGCAGAGCCGCUGCGGCUCAGGAGACCGGCGGCGACGCCCAACCCUGGGAGAAGCUUCUCUUCUGGGUCGACGCGGAUAAGGAGGUCCUGCGCGAGCGGCUGGACGGGCGCGUGGACAAGAUGCUUGACGCGGGCCUCCUUGCCGAGGUGCGUGAGCUGUACGACUUUAAGCUCGACCAGGCGGCCAGUGGUACGGAGCUGGAUAUGACCAAGGGCAUCUGGCAGUCCAUAGGCUACAAGCAGUUUGAGCCGUACCUGGCCGCUCUCGACGGCGGCGAAGAUGUUCCCGCCGAUGAUCUGGCGGCCCUCAAGGCCAGAGCUGUCGAGGACAUGAAGACGGCGACGCGCCGCUACGCCAACUACCAAACACGCUGGAUCCGACUCAAGCAGAUCCGCCGGCUGCGCGAGGAAGGCCCCGAGGCUCUGCGCAGCCUCUACCUUGUCGACAGCACCGACGCCGCGCAGUUUCACGAGCGCGUUGUCGGCCCCGCAGCGGACGUGACGGCGCGGUUCCUCGCCGGCGAGCCGUGUCCAGACCCGACGACUCUGUCGGAGCGCGCGUGCGAGGUGCUCACCGUGGCGGCCGAGCCCCCGCCGCCGGAGACGCCCGCGCGCCACACUUGCGACUUGUGCCAGACCGUGCUUGUCACGGAGCAGGCCUGGCAGCGGCACGUCAAGGGCACGGCGCACCGUCGGGCGCUGAAGAAGAAGAAGAAGCUGGCGCUGGUGCCGCUCGAGAGGACGAGAGGGGAUGAUUCUGGAGGGGCGACACCACCAUCGAGCCCUGAUAUUGGGUCCUUGUUUUGAGGCCAUUUCAUACCGAUAUCCAUGUAGCCGGGUCACCGAUACCCGUUCUCUCAUAUAGAUCCAGCCAGCUUCUUUUAGGCCUUCCUAAGAAUGCCGAGCUGCUGUUAACGAAGUAGAAGAUGACAAGGGAUGCCCUUUUAGGAUAUUCGAAAUGAUACAUCCACGUAC